AACUCCUGUCCACCAGAACGAGUUGGGGCCUGUCGGAAGAGAUGAUUAAAUCCGGGUACCACAGUAAACUGUGGGUGUACAAGACGUUAUUGACAAUAAAUCAGGCAAGUCUUCAUAACUCCGCCAACCACCGACCGAGAGAUAGUGGAGGUAUUCGUGUAUCUAACCCGACUUCACGGAACAGGUAUUCCACACCCUUGACUUCCGGAUAUAGGAACACUUGCGAGCCAUCAGCUGUGAGGAGAAAACUGGAUGUUGUAUUGCGACAUCAGACAUGUAGAUAAUUUAGGAAGACAUCAGCAUUCUUUAUUAUUUUGCCUAUCGACCUUAUUUGGAUUUUGAGAAAACUCUUCAGAUCAUGAAACUUAAAUAGAGUUAAAGUAGUAAGUUUAACACUUAAUUUACAACACAAACAGAAAUUUGGUGCCAACAGGAGGUCGAAAAUGGCGAAACUUUCGCUGACUAAGUCUAUCAUACAGGCGGUCAUUGUGCGGGCCAUUUUGGCGGUACAUAGUUUUCUAACUGUAUGGCGUACAGCAGACGUGAAAAAUAACGAUCUCUACUGGUUACUAGGGCUGACCAAUAUACUCCUUCUCCUCGAGCUCUUCAUCCGUGUCGUCAAACACGAGGGACAGGAAGGCAAAUGGUUCAGUCCAUGCUUGUUCAUCUUUCUGGUGUCCACCGUGCCAGCCAUAUGGUUCCUGGAGCUUGACCGUCUGGAUCGUUACGACAGCGUUGUCAACUCAGGCAAUGUCUCUGCAAAACAAGAGGAGCUCUCCUCGAUCUCUGGGGUGAGUGUACCAAUAAAGUUGGAGGCAGACACGUGGAUAUCGGUACUCGAGCAGGGCCUACUCUUCCUGUUUAUUGUGGGGCGCUGGAUGCUCCCCAGGGGCAAAGUAACACGUGACCAGUUGUCCCAGCUUCUCUUUGUGUACCUCGGGAUCGCAUCUGACAUUAUGGAGCUUUUCGUUAUAUUCGAGGAGCCGGUAAUCCGCGAAGAUCGGAUUCUCACUUACGCCACACUAGGCGUUUGGUCUGUCAGUUUGCUGCAGUUUACACUUACUCUCACUGCCACAAAGAACGCGCGCAAGGGACGUGGCGUGGCGAUCGCCCCUGAGGAUGCUCCUAUAAAAGACAAUAGGAGUUUGUGCUCGCGCAUUUUCCAGUCGGAGAUCUGGAGUUUGAUGGUGUCUAUUUCCAUUAUGGACCUACCAUUUGUAACGAUUCGACUGUACGCCCUGGUUCGCUACAGAAUACUCACCUAUGGAAUCCUGUUCUUCACUUUUAAAAACCUUUUGAUGAUAUUCCUCCUCAUCUACCGCAUGAUUAUCGUAUGCUACAAUAUGUCUCACGAUAACAAGGACGAUGACGUCACGGACGACGAUACCUUGAUACUGCGGAGGUCCAAGGUGGACGUAUACUCCCGACCCCCUGGAGACAAGGCUUCUGUGAUCACAGAGGGUGAUUCACCGAUUAAAAGAGGCCAAUUUCCCACAAAACACACAGACAGUCCGCAUAACUCUACAGACAACCCCUCAGUUCCUCUAGAUCUCGACACAUUCGAUUAAACGGAAAUUACGUCAGUGUGGAAACUGAACACAUGAAGCUUUAAUAUGAAUGAUAUUACGUGGUAUGGUGUCACAUGGUAUAGUUUGACUUGGAUGGGAAGCACGGAUUGUCAAACAGCGACGACCAGUUUUCAAACAGGUCUGCGGAAUAACAUACAGCUAUUUUUAGUGUCAAAGUGAUCGUAGCUUAAUAAAUAUUAUGAAAUGAAAUAAUUCACAGCAACAUAUACCUGUAAUGACUGGGAAAUAUGAUAAUACAGACAAUGUGCACGCACUUUGGAUUGUCUUACUUCAUCGUUAAGUCAUUAUAAAUCACGUGAUAGACGGUGUAAUACAUGUACAAUGUAUGCAUUAAAUAUGUUUUAUUUCACCUCUAGGAGCACCAUCAGUCUGCCCGUUUGCUAAAAACAUGUAUGGAACUUGUCGUCUGCUGUAAACUAAUGGCCGGAGAAUGUGCUGGGCCAGUCAGACCUAUACUAAUACCCAGAAGAAUUAAAUCAAUCCAAUUUCAAAUCACUCGAAUUAGCAUUGAUUAUAUUUUCCUUUGAAGAUGGAAUUAGACCAAUGUAUUUGAAUGGUUGUAUAAAGGUUGUUAUCUCCACUGCGGCUGCUGUUCCAUCGACCGCCGUCACAGUAUGGCACAAUGGUUCUUCCGGUACAUCACGGCUCUGCAACCAGAUCAUAUUGCUCAUAGACUGAUUCUUCAAUAUCUGUGAUUUUAUUAAUACAAGUUCGAUAUACGCUCGUGCCCUAAACCCCUAUCUGUCUCUAGUCGUCAGAUGCCCCAAACAUGUAUAUAUCUACAGAAAUGACGUCAGUAACCUUAAAAGAUAUCAAUGCGAUAUAUCAAAAGGUUACUUGGUAAACCAAAUGUGAUAACUUUUUUUAGCUUACUUUCUACAAUACAUUGCCAUUUGUAAAUAACACAUUAAACUUAUCUUAAACAUUAA